AUGCUCGCCAAAGCGCCUCUGUCGCAGUCGCGCUACCCCAGCCAUGACCUCUCCAAGUUCCCGGAUGCGCUCAAAGGGAAGCGCAUUCUUCUCUGCACCGAGUCGUUCGGUCCGGUCAACGGCGUCAGUCGCACCACUCUGAUGCUCGUAAAUCAUCUACGAGCUCAUGGCGCUCAAGUUGCAGUGGUUGCGCCUCAUAACCAUACACAGCACAACACCUUCACGCCACCCCCGUCACCAUCCAUGUCUCCUGCAGACAAGCAGCCUGAAGUGCGGGUUACUGGGUACCCUCUUCCUUUCAACCCGGAGCUUUCUAUCGUCUACCCUGUGCGCAACUCGACACUCUUCACCAGAACGUUUGGAGACGACUCCCCUCCCGAUCUGAUCUACCUGGCGAGUCCGGCCAGUCUGGGCUUCCAGGUGAUGCUGCAGCUGAGACAACAACCCAAGGAGAAGCAGAUCCCCGUCAUUUGCAACUUCCAGACCGACCUUGCUGGAUACUGCUCCAUCCUAUUUCCUGCGCCGCUCAGCCAUGUUGCUGUUUUCGCGUUUGCCGCCGUCCAGAGCUACCUGUUCCGACACCCCUCGGUCAAGACCAUCUUUUACCCUUCGAGCUUCGUGAAGCGAUAUCUGGUGAAGCAAAAGGUUCAGGAAGACAAACUCGAGGUUCUGACACGCGGCGUCAACACCGAGCUGUUCAACCCCAAAAUGAGGAGCGAAGAGCUGCGCCGACAACUGGCACCGAACGGCGAGAUCAUCUUUGUGACGGUCUCUCGUAUCGCUGGCGAGAAGGGCUUUGACUUUCUGGCCAAGGCAGCCAAGGAGCUCGACGCCAGAGGGUUGGACUUUAAGCUAUACAUCGUGGGCGGCAACCGAAACCCUGACGUGGAGAAAGAGGUGCAAGAGCUGUUUGAUCCCUUGAGGGAAAAGGGCAAGGUCAUCUUUGCAGGUUUUAAGGUCGGCGAAGACCUGGCAACUGCCUAUGCCAGCGGUGACGUCUUUCUGCACUGCUCGGUGACAGAAACCUUUGGGCUCGUCGUGUUGGAGUCUAUGGCUAGUGGCGUCCCAGUCAUUGCCCGGGACGAAGGUGGUCCUUCGGAUAUUGUUCAACACGGAGACAAUGGCUUCCUCAUCCCGUCGGAUGAUCUCGACGGUUUCGUCACCAAGGCCAUGAAGCUCGGCAGAGGCCAUGCCCUACGUUCGCAGAUGGGACAGGCUGCGAGGACUUAUGCCUGCGAAGCUACAUGGGAGAAGAUCAACAACAAGGUCGCAUGGCGUAUGUGCGAUACCAUCUCAGAAUGGAAACGCGAGCGAGCUAGGCCACUCAGCCGUCAACUAUCCACCUUCAGCGCACCGACUGAGCAGCUCAUCCCAAUCUACGGCUGGCUCAUGAUGAAUGAUGCCAUGCGUGACACGGUCACACGAGGAAUAGUUGACGCGCGACUCAUGGGUGGCCUGGGUAUCAUCCUCUCGUUCUGGAUGGUGACGGGUUGGUAUAUGGUGUUUACAGAGUGCUUUCUCUGGGCCAAGGGUCGAUUGAGAGAUGUGGAGAGAAAGAAGGUGAUUGCAUAG